AUGUCUCCCGGCAAGGCAAUCUACAUCAACCUCCCAAGCAAAGACUUGGAAGCCUCCAAACGCUUCGCCAUAGGCCUCGGCCUCACCUUCAAUAAAACAUGGUGCAACGAUAUGAAAACGCUCGCCUUCACAUAUACCGACUCCAUCCAGUUCUUCUACCACGACCAUUCGACCUGGGAGAAAUGGCUCUUCCAAGGGCGGAAAACUGCCGACGCGCAUACGACCACGCAGGCGCUGUUGACUUUGGCCGCCGAGUCCCAGGAGCAAGUGGACAGUAUCGUACAAAAGGCGGUGGAGGCCGGAGGGAAGAGGGGCCCCAAUAUGGUGCCGGAGGGCGCGGAUUGGGGGAUGUACUCGAGAAGCGUGGAGGAUCCGGAUGGGCACGUUUUUGAGAUUGUAUACUCGUCCCACAGCUGCCCAUGA